AUGCACGAGAUUGUCUAUCUUCAGCUAGGGAAUCUUCCAAACUAUAUCGGAACGCACUUUUGGAACGCACAGGACGCAUAUGGCGAGGACGAAGUGAAUCCAGAGGUCUCAUGGUCUAUUCGAGAGCGAAUAGAAGGGAUGCGGGCCAAAAGUUGUCGUUUACCGCCCAAGAUUGCUCAUUUUCGACUUUCGCAGUCAGUCUCGCUCAUUGCCUUGCCGUCCCUCUUUGACAAUCAUCCUCCCGUAAAUGAAGAGAACUUGGGAGGGCUACAAAACUACUCUGUUGAUUGGGAGCCUGGAACGAUUGACGGCUCUUCAACACCAAACACAGAGGAAACUUGGGGAGAGCGCGUGCAGACUCUAGAAGCGCCGCUUAUUCCUCCAUCUCGAUACUUGGAGCAACUACACAACCAGGACGAAAGCCAAGCCAAAGUGGGGGAUGAGAAUCAACUAAGUGAGACCCCCCGUCCGAAUCCAAGAGAGGUCCGCUAUUGGUCCGACUUUAGCCACGUCCAUUUUGCGCCAGAGUCGAUACAAGCGCUCUCUUCCUCUGUAGAAUACAACGCAAACGGCCUAGUUGCCUGGCAUGAAGGGCGCUCAGAUUUUGAACGCUACGAUGCUGAAAUGGACGUGAUGGAUGGUCCUGUCCGCCAAUUGGUCGAGGAAUGUGACUCUCUGCAAGGAUUCCAAGGCAUUGAUCAUUCACCCACAAUGGCAGGAUUUUCUUCCUGUCUUUCCGAGCGGAUCGUCGACGAGUUUCCAAAGGUACCUAAGAUACAGUUUACGCUUCUAGAUGGCUAUAAGGCAAUUCUAGGGGCAACCUCCGUUGCGCACUCACCACAGAGAAUUCUCUCGAACAUACUCUGUCUUCAUUCUCUCUCACGAUUGCACGAUACUGCGGUUCCGCUGAACCCAUACGAAAUGUGGCCGGAUUGCCCCUUGAGAGACCGACUUUCGUUGUUCGAGACGUAUUCUGAAUAUAAUAUCUCAGCAGUCUAUGCAGCUCACAUUGAGACCAUCACUUGGGGUACUCGACGACGGGGAGCGGAACGACAUGCCGAAUACAUGGUGAAUCGAAUGAACGUGGACGGAAGGAUGCCGUUUGCAUGUCUCGGUGGAAUAGUGCCGAUGAUCGAUCAAGACGACCCCUUUAAACCUUCCUCAGUUCUGGAUUUGACGCUUCCCGAGCAUCAAGGAAGAGCCAACGAUACUCUGACGCGAUACAACGUACUCAGAGGAGCCGUCGGUGAUCUACGGAGCAGCAAUCGUCCGUCAAUUGAGCUGAUUGAUUCAAACCCCUAUCCACUGCCCCUUUCUCACCCCCAAAUCUUUACGGGCGACAAGGACCCGGCACAACUUAAUUCGGUGCCUAUAUACAGUACUCUCGAGGUGCGAAAGUCAUUUGGACGAGUGCUAGCGGCCCAUACGACGUGGUGUGAUGAGUAUAUACGACGCAAAGGGGAUAUUGGUAGCACAGGAUUGGAGCUGGAUGAGAUGAAAGUCGUCCUAGAGGAGCUGCGGGCGGUAGAGGAGGUGUAUGGAGACUAG